GUGCCAGGACGGGCCGUGGCGGCUCCCCAUGUGCUGUCCGGGUGGUGCCGUGACCGCCGGGCGCGCUGCAGGGCGGCCGCGGGGAGCCGCCCUGGCGCUCCGCGGAGCGGUGUCGGCCGUUUUCUAUGGAACGUACUCCUUCCUUAGAGUGUUGGUGAACAAGGGCCUACUCAGCGCCUACAGAUUCCCAUCACCAGUUUUUCUUGGAAUUGGACAGAUGGCAUCCACUAUACUUAUCUUGUAUGUGUCAAUUAAUAAAAUUAUACACUUUCCUGAUUUUGAGAAGAGUAUACCCAUGAAAUUGUUUCCUCUGCCUCUGAUUUAUGUUGGAAACCACCUAAGUGGAUUAUCAAGUAUCAGCAAACUCAGUUUGUUGAUGUUCACAGUGCUCAGGAAGUUUACCAUCCCACUUACGUUACUGCUGGAAGUCAUACUUGGGGAACUUAAUCCACUGAAUAUUUUCAUCAGCAUAUUUGCCAUCGUUCUUGGGGCCUUCAUAGCAGCUGGGUCUGAUCUAUCUUUUAAUCUGGAGGGCUACACCUUUGUAUUACUAAAUGAUAUAUUCACAGUAGCAAAUGGAGUUUACACAAAGCAGAAAAUGGAUCCAAAGGAGUUAGGGAAAUAUAGUGUCCUUUUCUAUAAUGCUUGUUUUAUGAUGGUUCCAGUGAUUAUUAGCUUUUCUACUUGAGUCUUUCAGCAAGCAACACAUUUCCAGGAAUGGACAGAUUUUUUAUUUGUCUUCCUAUUUCUUCUUUCUAGCUUCUUAGGGUUUCUUCUGAUGUAUUCUACUGUCCUAUGCAGUCAUUACAAUUCUGCGCUUACAACAGCAGUAGUUGGUGCCAUCAAGAAUAUAUCCAUCGCUUACAUCAAAAUGUUGGUUGGUGGAGAUUACGUGUUCUCUGUGUUAAACUUCAUAGGGCUAAGUAUUUGUAUGGUAGGAGGACUGAGAUACUCAUUUUUAAGCUCAAGAGAAAACAGCAAGCCUGCACAACCUGAGAAUGAGAAGGAUGUACUUUCUGAGUGAAAGUUUUAGCCCAAAAGCCUACUUUGAAAGAGACUGAGGAUUCAAGUUUGCUUUGCAUUGCUGAAAAUGUAAGAAAGUAUACGCUGGAAUGCAUUUGGAAUGAGGGAAAAAGUAUUCUCCCUCAGUUACUACAGAUAUGCGCAUAUCUCAUAGGUUCAGAAAUAUUCUGAAUACAUAUAUAUGUAUUUACAUCAUGAGCUAAUUUAUAGGAAGGAAUGCCAUGAGCAAAUCUGGAGUUGUGAAUUUCUUCAUUCACCUGUAUUUGGUGCUAUUUGUGGUUAAGGAAACCUGUGAAUUCUACUUCAGUUUCUGUCUACUCUCUAAGGCAAAACUCCUUGUAAAGAUCACAAGGCUUGGUUCACCAUUGCCUUAUGCAGUCUGUGAAAGCAGUGAAGAGAUGGAAGAUGGUUAUGACUCAGAAUGAUUUUGCCUUUGCAUUUGCUCUUGUAUAAGUGACUGUAGAACACAAAGAUCAGAGAAGAGAUGUGCCCCAAGAUUGCUCCACGUGUGUUAAGUGAAAAACUAAGGAUAUAGCAUAAUGUGUUUGGUAUGUGUUGUGUGGACGCUCUCUCUCAAUCUUUGUCUCAGUAACAUAUCAGUGUACUGCUGGAGCUGUUGCAAGUGAGUCAUCACAACUUAGCUGCAGUAUCAAGGAAGGAUGGAAACUGAGAGAGCCUUUUUUAAUAUUUAAAAUUAUAUCUAUUUUUUUUUCUGAGCCAGUACCAAGCCAGUAAUUAGGAGAAGUAACAAAGGUAACUCUAUUUUUCUGUAGGUACACUCAUCUUUUUAUUACCACCAUUCUGUUCUCUGAUGCUUUUUCUAGCCUCUGAUUCUGCAGAACUACAGGAGGGAAUAUAUGGAAGAUUAUUUGAUAUAGGGAAGAUUAACUUUUGUGUUUCAAGAGAAUAAAGGAUUGGUGUCCUUCUGUGUCUUAUAUAUAUACUGAAGGUUUGUGGUACUAAUUUAUGUUAGUACCUGAAAAUAGACUCUGAAAUUCAGAGCAAGUGAGUAUAAAGCUAGCACAGUGGUUAAAAAUAAGUCUGGAAUCCAUUGUUGUUUGUUUUUUGUUUGUUUGUUUUUUGUUUUUGGGAUGGGGACAAUAAAGGCACUGCUCUGUA